AUGCCUACGCCGGGUUCCGGCGUACUUGAUGAAAUCCUUGAUGUGACCAAGGAGUCACUGACCGAGUCAAAUUCGCCGAAUUUGACAAGCAAAGGAACUACGCUUACAGGAUCGUCUCGAUCUCCAAAACAACAAUCCACAUCUGCCGCAAACACGAGUCAGGCUGCUGACUCUGCUGAAGGCGAGGGAGAAGCUAGGCUUCUCCACAAACUCGACCUAUUGACAAGCCUCGUGCAAGACAUGGUGCCCGUUGUCAAAACUUUACAAGAGUCUCACGAUGCCUGGCUAUUGCAAGAUGUGGAUGAUGUCGACGCUCCUUCGUUGGCUGAAAGCGAGAAUGAGGAAGGGCCUCCGCCAAAGCGACCCAGAAUCACGCCACAACCGGACGAACAACCCCGUUCCAAAACGACAGAUACUACUGGCAAAGUGGAUUCACUUGUCACCGAAGUGACCGAGGACGAAGUCACGGGGCCAGCGAUUUCGGAAAAAAAUCGCAAACGUUCUUAACAACAUCCUCGCCAGUGGUCUUAAUGAUCAAGCCACUAAGCGGCGAAAAGAGAACAUUCAUAGGCCCACAAACAGCACAUUACUUGCCCAAACUCGUGUCAAUUCCGAGAUUUGGGACAUCGCUAAAAAGCCAACACGAAGCAUGGAUGCUAGACUUCAAGCUUUGCAAGACACCCUGAUUAAAGGGCUUAUUCCUCUUGCAGACAUGACAGGAAAAGUGGGUGAAUCUUUGGAUUCAGGCGCUGCAAUGCCAACCAAAGAGACCCUAUGGGAAGCUCUAUCGAAUUCCCUUCUUCUUGUAGCGGCGGCUAACCACAGCUUGAAUAUUUGCCGCCGUGACUUGUUCAAAACAGAUUUAGAUGACAGCUACAAGGCCUUGUGUAAUAACAAGCACCCAAUUGGAAGUGAACUGUUUGGUGACGACCUAGCCGAACGGCUGAAAACAGUUACCGAGAGUAACAAAGCAGCCAAACAGCUUACAAGAUCCAACAAGCCAAGUUCUCAGAAGUAUAAAGGGCCAUCACGGUCUUUUUUUUGGGCCAAGGGGGGCGCAACCAGCGCCCCUUCAACCAGUACAGCAACCAUGGCAGAGGCUAUCAGAGGAGCAAUCACCCCUCAUACAGGAAGGAACCUCGCAAAACCGAGACGAAAACAAUGA